AUGGUUGCGAUAGAGACUGUACCACAGCAAGGCAAGACUCUGCCAAAUGAGCCCUUCUUUAGAAGACUGCUAGGCCUGACGCAGCUCGGAGAUGGCCAUGUUGCCAUCGAUGACCCAUAUUCUGGCACUAAGGCGAGUUAUUCUCAAUUUCUGGGUGAUGUGCUUGCGACCCGAGAUGCUAUUAGACAUGCAGCACCUCCGGGGAUGCUUGAUCAGCGCGGUAUGAUAUAUGAGCAGAGGCCAUAUAUCCUGCUUCUUGCUCCUUGCAGCUACCGUUACCUUGUCGGCUUCUUUAGUAUUCUGGCGCUAGGAGCAGCGGUGGUGCCGUUGUCUGUCAGUGUAUCUGUCGACGAGGCUGCACGAUUCAUGGACAAAUCAGAGGCUUCCUGUCUCGUCUUUGCUACAGAACUGGAACCUAAAGCACUGGAGAUUCAACAGUCCACCUCCCUUGACCUAGCUCCAAUAUCGUUUGCUGAGGGUACCACUAAAGGAGAACAAGCGUGUGAUAUCGAUAUCACAAUCAACGAAAGCUUUACUAUUGAUACCACUCGCCCCAGCCUCGUUCUAGGUACGUCCGGAAGUACAGGCCCACCCAAGGGAGUCGUCCUAACGCGAGAUUUUUUCAAUACCCCUAUGCCUGACGGCGGCCCUGGUGAUGUAUUCAUCACCAUGAUCACGGCCAUGAACUGGAUUGGCGGCGUCUGGCCCCCUACCAAGCUUUUGUUAAACGGCGUGAGGAUUGAAAUAUUUGACUCUCAGCCUAGCAAGCCAGAGGUGGCUUGGGAGCGGUUUCGACAGGGCGGCGUGACCUUUGUCAUGGCCCAUUCGAACGUUUGGACAAGCAUGAUGAAGUACUAUGUUGACGAGUUGGGUGGUCUGCCAUCUACUGAGCGGGAACCGUAUGUUCAAGGAGCAAGGGGCAUCAAGUUGGCCAUGGCUGGUGCAACACCAAUAUUCCCUCCCGUACUUAGCUUCUGGAGAGGAGUACUCGGCCGCCCGCUAAUGAAUCUAUACUCUGCUGCCGAGAUGGGAGGAUGUGGGCUCCGUACUGCGGCAGAUGUUGAGGAAGAUAUUGAGCGGUCUGUCGGAACCCCUUACGGCCAGUUGGAGGUGAAGCUCUCUGAAGGCGAGCAUGGUGAGUUUCUGAUUAAGGGGCCAACGGUGAUAUCUCACUAUCUGGGAGAUGUUAAAGCUACACAGGCUGUCUUUGAUGAUGAUGGCUUCUACAAGACCGGAGACAGGGGUCAUCUUGAGAACGGCGUUUAUAUCAUUGAUGGCCGGCUAAAACAUGACUGCAAGUACCCCCUUUCACCGGCUGUGCCAAUCCCCGAGCUGGAGAUGCAGCUGCUAAGACUGGCCUACAUCGAUGAGGUGUAUGCUGUUCCAGUUCCGGAGGCCUUGGUAGGCGAACACAUCGCAGCCCUUGUACGGUUGAAGCCUGGGGCCCAAGAAGGUGGCCUGACUCUUGCAAAGCUGCGUGAGGAUCUGUUGUCUACCUCGACCUUACCGGUCGGCUAUCUGCCUACAAUGCUGCGUAUUUUAGCUAGACGGGAAGCCAUCCCCCGGUCAUAUACCGAUAAACCUCUCCGCAAACAGAUUGUGACGGAGUUUUUUCUGGGCCCCAGUGGGACCGUGGAAGUAGGGAAGAACCUUGCGAUCGAAGUGUGGCAGACUAAAGGUAUCCCUGCGGCCAGGGACUUUGAUCAGGGUAGUGAGAAGAGGCAGACAGCAUAG